UCAGGUCUACUUCAAAACCCCCUCGGGGGAGCUGCAGACCGUGGUGCUCCAGGAGGCCUCAGCCAUGGCCGUGGCUCCGUCGGGAUCGUCCUGCAGCAGCCCCGUGUCCCGCAGCCCCGGCCCGGGGGGCUCCAGGAAACCCCCACCCCGCAAGGAGCGCCCGCUGCCCAAAAUCGCCCCGGCCGGGGGCAUCCUGAGCCUGAACGCUGCCCAGCUGGCAGCCGCUGCCCAGGCCAUGCAGACCAUCAACAUCAACGGGGUGCAGGUCCAGGGCGUGCCCGUCACCAUCACCAACGCCGGAGGCCAGCAGCAGCUGACGGUGCAGAACGUGUCCGGCAACAACCUGACCAUCAGCGGGCUGAGCCCCACCCAGAUCCAGCUCCAGAUGGAGCAGGCGCUGUCUGGAGAGAUCCAGCCCGGAGAGAAGAGGAGGAGGAUGGCCUGUACCUGCCCCAACUGCAAGGAUGGGGAGAAGAGGUGAGUGGGAAGCAGCACAUCCCACGGGAACACCGCCCGCCCCCGAGCCCGGCCCCAGCUCACGAGCCAGCUGUUGAAAUUAUGAUGGAAUUAUAUAAAAUUAUUGCUCCUCUCAAACUGAGGUGCAAACAA